AUGGCCUGUUCUGCCAGCUGCGUGCCUCAGAUGAGAGCAGCACCGAGGUCAGUGCCCAUAGCUCAGCCACCAGCAGCGGCUCCCCCGUCUGCCGCUGGUUCCCCUGCGGCUGUUCCCCAGCAGCCAGGUCUGAUGGCCUGGAUGGCUGUGGGUUCUGCCAUGGGCCACAUUCUUCAUCACGUCAUCACUGGGUACUUCAGUGGGGGAAGCAGUGCUGAGCCCUCAAGCCCUGACAUCACUUACCAGGAACCUCAGGGAACCCAGCUGCCACAGCUGCAGCAGAAUGGCCCUUGCUUCUAUGAGGUGAGACAGUUUUCAGAGUGUGCCCAGAGCCAGGGUGACCUUAAAUUUUUUGACGGUUUCAGUGAGGUACUGAAAUAG